AUGGUUGCAAACGUACUUCCGCUGCUGCUCGGUCUGGCGGCAGGCAGUCAGGACUGGGCCAAGGUAUGGUCCGGGGUCUUGGAAUCCUGCGGGGACGUUGGGUGUGUGCGUGGGAAGGUCAGCCUGGCUAUGGAUCGCGCCCUCAACAUGUCGUCCAUCCCUCUGGCCGAAGGUGUUAGCUUGGUGAGGAGUAACCAUUCCGAGAGUUGGCCAGCGGUGCCUCGCCAUGAUGAGGAUCUCCUCUCUAAGUUCUCCCGCCUGGUGAACUCCAGAUAUCUCAAUAUAGAGCUGGCCAACGUGAAUGAUGGCCGCGGGAAGAAGAAGAAAUACCUGGAGUACGUGUACGUGAUGGCCUUGGUUGCUGCUGUCGUGAUUCCGCUGAAGCUGCAGGGACUCGCUCUAGUCGCCGGGAAGGCUCUGCUGAUAGCCAAAGUGGCCCUAGCGCUGGCUGGGAGCGCGCUGCUGAAGAAGCUGUCUCACGAUGACCACCAUCGGCGGGUAGACGUCGCAGAACCCUACCUGCUGACCUAUCAAGACCAUCGGUGA